GCUUUGAUUUACCAUUUAUUCAGUUCUUUCCCCUCCUUCAAUUGCCAAAAAUCUACAGCAAAAAUGGCUCCAGCAUUGUCCAUGGACUCCAAUUCAUGGGAUGUCAUAAGUUUUGCCGUAGAUAAGGGUCAUGGGGUUAAGGGUCUAGCUGACUUGGGACUCCACACUUUGCCUAAGCAAUAUAUUCAACCUCCUGAAGAACAAAUCAUUAACAGUACCAUAGUUACCGAUGAUUCAAUCCCUGUCAUUGAUUUGUCAAACUGGAAUGAUCCAAACGUUGCAGAACAAAUUUGCAAUGCAGCUGAAAAGUGGGGUUUCUUCCAAAUUGUUAACCAUGGCAUCCCAAUUGAAGUGCUGGAAAAUGUCAAGGAGGCUACGCGUCGGUUCUUUGCACUGCCGGCUGAGGAGAAAAAUAAGCAUUCAAAAGACAGUUCCCCAUCUAACAAUGUUAGAUAUGGCACGAGCUUCACUCCUAAGGCUGAAAAGGCUUUGGAGUGGAAAGAUUUUCUCAGUCUCUUCUAUGUUUCGGAUGAUGAGGCUGCUGCACUCUGGCCAUCUGCUUGCAGGAACGAAACAUUGGAUUUCAUGAAGAAGUCCCAAUUUGUCAUCAGAAAGCUAUUGGAGGCUUUGAUGAAAGGAUUGAACGUGAAGGAGAUUGACGAAACCAAAGAAUCACUCCUGAUGGGCUCAAAAAGAAUUAACAUUAAUUAUUAUCCGAAAUGUCCCGAACCUGAACUCACUGUUGGCGUGGGGCGUCACUCAGAUGUAUCCACCCUAACAAUCCUUCUUCAAGAUGACAUUGGAGGGCUCUACGUGAAAAAAUUAGACACUGAUGCGUGGGUUCAUGUCCCUCCAAUUGAUGGAGCAAUUGUGAUCAAUGUUGGUGAUGCCCUUCAGAUUUUGAGCAAUGGUCGUUAUAAGAGUGUUGAGCAUCGUGUGAUUGCUAAUGGAAGCAGGAAUAGAAUUUCAGUGCCCAUAUUUGUGAACCCCAGGCCUAGAGACAUAAUUGGUCCUUUGCCAGAACUUCUUGAGAGUGGGGAGAAGCCAAUCUACAAGCAAGUGCUCUACUCGGACUAUGUCAAACAUUUCUUUAGGAAAGCUCAUGAUGGAAAGGAAACGGUGGACUUUGCCAAGAUAUGAAUUCAUAAUUAGAGUUGCAAAAUAAUUAUAGUAAAUAAGUCUGAGUAGGGAAAAAAUGGUCCAAUACAGCUUUCGCACAAGCUGUUGAUAGGCCUCGAUUUUUCACAUUGAAUUGUUUAACCAUUGUUUUUGUAUUAAGAAAAUGUUUACAGAUGCUUUUAAAAGUGUGUUUAUAGUUUGAUAUUUAUUCUCCUAAAUGUACCAUCAUUCAAUUUGAACAUUA